AUGUCCCAUCCGGUCACGGAGAAGCUCAUGGGACAGAGCCUUGUGGCUGGACUGCUGUCAGCUGCCCCGAAACAGAGCUGGUUUGGGGUUUCCCCACCAGUGCUGGUAUUUCAGAACUUCAUCGCUGGGGAGGUCUCUGAAAUGGUGCUGUCUCUCAUGAACAAGGACAAGAUGCCUCGGCUGGUGAAGGUGUGCAUGGAGAGCUGCCCUUAUUUCCAGCUGGCGUGCCCCAGGGAUGUGUACCAUAUGGUGCCAGCAGGCGCCUCUGCCCCUGUGCGCAUCCGCUUCAGCCCCGACGAGAACAAGGAUUAUUGCCACGAGCUGGUCUGCAUCACUGCCAGGGAAAGGACAGUUGUGCCAAUUCGGGCCAUUGGUGCCCGAGCUGUGCUGGACUUCCCUGCCCAGCUGGACUUCUCCAAGUGUCCAGUCAAGGUCAGCACCCGGCAGACUCUGCUGGUGCGCAAUGUCGGUGCCCGGGCAGCUCGGUACCAGCUGAGCACCCAGAGUCCUUUCUCCGUGGUGCCGGCCACAGGAGCUCUGGGCGCUGGUGACACCGUGCAGGUGACAGUGGCAUUUCACCCGCUGGCCAGCGGUGCCCAUUGCGGCUCCCUGGCCGUGUGCUGCAGCUCAGGUGAAGAAAGAAUCCACACAAAGCUCCAUGGAGAAGCUGUAGAUGUCAACAUUGGGUUGAGCACAGAUUCCGUGGAGGUUGACAAGACUUUCAUCACCAUGUCAAGCCACAGAACCCUGUUCAUUGAAAACAGGAGUAACAUCACAGCCCACUUCCAGUGGAAGGCUUUUCCUAGUGAGGAAGAAGAGAAUGAAGAGAAGAGGAGCAUGGUCCAGGAGAAGAUGGCAAAGGUGCGAGAAGACCCCAUGCUGUUCUCCCAUGACAUUUUUGUCAUUGAGCCAAUGGAGGGAGAAAUUGGGCCAAAUUGUUCAGCUGAAAUCAAGGUGACCUUCAAGCCCCUGGAAGCACUGGAGUAUGGAAGUGUGGCUUACUGCAGCAUCUCAGGUCGUGAGAGCAGGCUGCCCCUGCAGCUCAGAGGGGAAGGCCAAGGACCCUUGGUUGAACUCAGCUCUCAGACUCUGAACCUUGGGAACGUUUUUGUCAACACCCCCCAUGUCUGUGAGGUGAAACUGAUGAACCAAGGAGCUCUUGAUGCUCCCUUCACCCGUAUCCCUUCAGGCAGCAACGUGGGCUUGUGCUUCAAGUUUGCACCCGAGGAGGGCAUCAUUGCAGCAGGUGGGAGCCAGAGUGUCCAGAUCUCCUUCAGUGCCACCGUGCUGGGGAGCUUUGAGGAAGAGUUCCAGUUCAGUGUGGCUGGAUCUCCUAGGCCUGCCAUCCUGACCAUCAAGGGCAGCGUCACUGCACCGAGUGUACACUUCGACCUCCCUGAGCUCGACUUCGGGGACAUCUCCUUUGGCUUUCCCUACACGCGGCGCUGCCGCCUCACCAACAGCUCCCCGGUGCCCCUGACGUUCCAGCUCCGCAUGUCGGACGAUGGCACGCAGCCGGCUGUGGACAGCGUGGAUCAGAUCCGCAGGGACACUGACCCGGUGACCCUGUGCUCCAACACGGUGAUGGAGUUCUACAGGAGAAUGCUGGUGGACCUGGAGGGUAUUGGCAAGGGAGUGGCAACCCUGAUCCUCACAGCCAGAUGUCUCGUUCCUGAGCUCCAAGUGUCCCCCCAAGUGCUGCUGUACGAUGAGUGCCACCUGAAGGUGCCAUAUGAGAGGAAGCUCAUCAUUAGGAAUCCCAGCCACCUUCCUGGCUGCUACGGGCUCAUUCCCCAGCCCCAGAGCACAGCAGAGAUCCCAGUUGUGGUGGAAGUGCAGGCCCUGGGCACUCAUCGCACCAACGUUGUCAUCGGCGUGUUCGGGGAUGAGAGAAACCCACUGGCUUUCAGUAUCCUGCCAGUGUCAGGUGUGCUGCAGCCAGGAGAGAGCCAGCAGGUCUCCUCCACCUUCUCUGGCCACCUCAGAAGCACCUGCAAUGUCCCGGAGCUGUGCCACGUGGAGGGAGGCCCCAGCUACGAGGGGCUGGUGCCCGGGGAGGUCUCACGUGUCAGCUCCUCCCUGAGCCCCCGGGAGAUCAACUGUGGCUCUCAGGCCCCUCUCAGGGAGAGAAGGGAGCUGAAGCAGUCAGGUAAAAAGCUUCAGGAGGAGGCAAAAGCCUUAGAGGCGGAAGAGAGGCAGAAGGAUGAAGAGAGGCAGAAGCAGGAAAAGAAGGGUGUCUCUAAUGAGAUGCAUGCCUUUUGUUAUGAGUAUGAAGAAACAUCAUAG